CCUCGAUAUAAGUCCGGGUUCUCCACCCUCACCCGCCCGCGCUCACUUCGACUUUACCAUCCCGCCAUCAAUAUCGCCCACUGGACGAACGAUCGCCAUGCAGUGGAACUCCCUCGUUGCUCUAGCCCUUGUGGCGCCAAGCCAUGCGUUGAUUCGCUUUGGAUGCUCGCAGCUCGUUGUCGACCGUCUUGAUCCUUUGGUCAACCCUGGUGUAGAGCCGUCUCCCCAUCUUCAUCAGAUCAUUGGUGGUAACUCCUUCAACACUAGCAUGUACCCUGAGAACCAUGACCCUCCUAAAAUGUCAACCUGCACCACGUGCCAACCAUCAGACGAUUUCUCCAACUACUGGACAGCAGCUCUAUACUUCCGCGCUCGUAAUGGUACCUACCGGCGUGUUCCGCAGAAGGGCAAUGUUGGGUUCGAGGCCCAGAACGGCGGAAUGACGGUCUACUACAUGCAAAACCAGCUGGCCGAUUAUGCACAGAAGUCGAAAGUCAAGGCCUUCCAGCCAGGCUUCCGUAUGCUUAUCGGAUCUCCGCUGGCAGGCACGAAGCAGGAGGCCGACAAGUACCCGCAGCUUACCUACACCUGCCUGCAAGAUAUGAACACUCGCUUCCCUGAGACGAAAGCCUUCCCGACCAAGCCAUGCCCCGCCGGCAUCAUGGUCAACCUCCGUUUCCCGACUUGCUGGAAUGGCGUUGACCUCGACUCUCCCGACCACAUCUCCCACAUGUCCUAUCCUGCAAGCGGCACCUUCGAAUCGCAAGGACCCUGCCCAUCCACGCAUCCGGUCAGAAUGCCCCAGCUCAUGUACGAGGUGAUCUUCGAGACCAAGGACUUCAACUCCAAGGAGAUGUGGCCGGAAGACGGCAGCCAGCCCUUUGAAUGGUCGUUCAGUGACACUACUGGCUACGGCAACCACGGCGACUACGUGUUCGGCUGGAAGGACGACUCGCUGCAGCAGAUUAUGGACGAGGAGUGCUACGUGAACUGCAAGACCAUGAAGACGCAGUCCUUCGAAGCCAUGAACGCGUGCUCUGUUCCCAAGAAGGUUGACGAGGAUGUUGGUGACACUAACUGGAUUGAAGCGAUUCCGGGGCAACACUCAGGGAUGCCGCCUAUGUAGAUGCGAGCGGUAUUGACAUUCCGGUCCCGACUUUUCACAGCUCCGUUCUCACCAACUACUGUCGGUGUAGGUAUCCCGCGUAUAGAAUCUAG